CAGGUUCGCGCCCUCGGGGCUGGAGAGGGCGCGUUGCCAUGACAACGGCCGCCGUGGCGCGCGCCCGGGCACGGUACCCCCAGGCGCGCGCAGCCUUCCCCCCUCCCGAUCCCCCCCAGUGGCUGAGCGCAACCCCCCCCGCCCCCGGCUGUGGGAAGGGGCCGGGCCAGCCUCCUGACGUCGGUGCGGGGCUCGGAAGAUGGCUGCAGAGCCCAGCACCGGGCAGUGGCUGCGGCGGCGGCGGCGGGCGGGGAGCGCGGCGGGCGGGGGCUCCUCCUGGCGCUUGGGGCGCUGAGUCGAGAGGCGCGGAGGCAGCUAGGGCGCGUGGGGGCUUAGGCGGCCGCUGGGCACCACCUCCCCGUCAGCCGCCGCACGAUGGGCAGCGCGGAGGACGCAGUCAAAGAGAAACUGCUGUGGAACGUGAAAAAGGAGGUGAAGCAAAUCAUGGAGGAGGCUGUCACCAGGAAGUUUGUGCAUGAAGACAGCAGCCACAUCCUUACUCUAUGUGGUGCGGUGGAGGCUUGCCUCCUGCAUCAGCUGAGGCGCCGUGCCGCCGGCUUCCUGCGCAGUGACAAGAUGGCAGCCCUGUUCACCAAGGUGGGGAAGACGUGCCCGGUGGCUGGGGAGGUUUGCCACAAGGUGCAGGAGCUGCAGCAGCAAGUAGAGGGCAGGAAACCCUUGGCGGGCAACCAGGAGACCCUGCAGAGACAGGGCUCUGCCAGCGGGAAGGCCCCAGCCCUCAGCCUGCAGGCCUUGAAACACAUAUGGGUACGCACGGCGCUCAUCGAGAAAGUGCUGGACAGGGUCGUGCAGUACCUGGUGGAGAACUGCAGCAAGUAUUACGAGAAGGAGGCGUUACUGGCAGACCCUGUGUUUGGCCCCAUCUUGGCCUCUCUUCUAGUGGGACCCUGUGCCUUGGAGUACACCAAGCUCAAGACAGCUGAUCACUACUGGACCGACCCCUCGGCUGAUGAGCUGGUCCAGAGGCACCGUAUCCGGGGUCCCCCAAAUCGCCAGGACUCCCCUGCGAAGCGCCCAGCCCUAGGAAUCCGGAAGCGGCACUCAAGUGGCAGCGCGUCGGAGGACAGGCUAGCCGCCUGCGCCCGUGAGUAUGUGGAGUCCCUGCACCAGAACUCGAGGACACGGCUGCUCUACGGCAAAAACAACGUGCUGGUACAGCCGAAGGAGGACAUGGAGGCUGUCCCUGGCUACCUCUCCCUGCACCAGUCUGCAGAGAGCCUCACUCUGAAGUGGACCCCCAACCAGCUCAUGAAUGGGACUCUGGGGGAUUCCGAGCUGGAAAAGAGCGUUUACUGGGACUACGCCCUUGUUGUGCCCUUCAGUCAGAUUGUCUGCAUCCACUGCCACCAGCAAAAGAACGGCGGCACGCUCGUACUGGUGAGCCAGGAUGGCAUCCAGAGGCCACCACUGCACUUCCCGCAGGGGGGCCACCUGCUGUCCUUCCUGUCCUGCCUGGAGAACGGGCUUCUGCCUCGAGGACAGCUGGAGCCCCCACUCUGGACCCAGCAGGGGAAGGGGAAGGUGUUCCCCAGGCUACGGAAGCGCAGCAGCAUGCGGUCCGUGGACGUGGAGGACGUGGGCUCGGGGCGGGCCACCGACUACGUGUUCCGGAUCAUUUACCCUGGCCACAGGCACGAGCACAUCACUAUUAACUACCACCACCUAGCGGCCAGCCGCGCGGCCUCGGUGGACGAUGAUGAGGAAGAGGAGGAUAAACUACACGCGAUGCUCUCAAUGAUCUGCUCGCGGAACCUCACAGCUCCCAACCCGAUGAAAGAUGCUGGCGACAUGAUCGAGAUGCAGGGCUUUGGACCCAGCCUGCCAGCCUGGCACCUGGAGCCCCUGUGCAGCCAGGGCUCCUCCUGCCUCUCCUACUCCACCAGCAGCUCCCCAUACGUACCCCCCAGCCACUGCAGCUGUGUCCCCGACCGGUUGCCCCUCAGGCUGCUGUGUGAGAGCAUGAAGAGGCAGAUCGUGUCCCGGGCCUUCUAUGGCUGGCUGGCAUACUGCCGCCACCUGUCCACGGUGCGGACCCACCUGUCAGCGCUGGUGCAUCACAACAUCAUCCCACCCGCCCGGCCACCGGGGGCCUCGGGGGGCCUCACCAAGGACGUGUGGAGCAAGUAUCAAAAGGACGAAAAGAACUACAAGGAGCUGGAGCUGCUGCGGCAAGUUUACUAUGGCGGCGUGGAGCAUGAGCUCCGCAAGGACGUCUGGCCAUUCCUGCUUGGCCACUACAAGUUCGGCAUGAACAGGAAGGAGAUGGAGCAGGUGGACACAGUGGUGGCAGCGAGGUACCAGCGGGUGUUGGCGGAGUGGAAGGCCUGCGAGGUGGUGGUGAGGCAGCGGGAGCGGGAGGCUCACCCAGCUACGCUCACCAAGUUCUCCUCAGGCAGCAGCAUCGACAGCCACGUGCAGCGCCUCAUCCACCGAGACUCCACCAUCAGCAAUGACGUGUUUGUCUCUGUGGAUGACCUGGAGCCUCCAAGGCCCCUGGGCCCCGAAGAUCCCAGACCAGAGCCUGAGCAGGGGGCGGGGGCCGGGCCCACUGGCACCACCAUGGUGGAGCAACAGUCGGUGGAGUUCGACUCUCCAGACUCAGGACUGCCUUCCUCCCGCAAUUACUCUGUGGCCUCGGGCAUCCAGUCGAGCACAGAUGAGGGCCAGAGCAUGGGCUUUGAGGAGGAGGACGGCGGUGGGGAGGAAGGCUCUGACGGGCUGGUCCCUGCAGCCCAGGUCUCCAAGCCUCAGGCCCCCAGCCAGGAGAAGGCCUCGCGGGCCGGCGAGCUGGAGGCCGGGGAGGAGCUCGCCGCCGUGUGUGCUGCUGCCUACGCUAUGGAAUUACUGGACACCGUGGCCUUAAAUUUGCACCGCAUAGACAAGGAUGUGCAGCGAUGUGACCGCAACUACUGGUACUUCACACCCCCCAACCUCGAGCGGCUCAGAGACAUCAUGUGCAGCUACGUGUGGGAGCACUUGGACGUGGGCUACGUGCAGGGCAUGUGUGACCUGCUGGCGCCUCUCCUCGUUGUCCUCGACAAUGACCAGCUGGCCUACAGCUGUUUCAGCCACCUCAUGAAGAGGAUGAGCCAGAACUUCCCCAACGGGGGUGCCAUGGACGCCCACUUUGCCAACAUGCGCUCUCUCAUCCAGAUCCUGGACUCAGAGCUGUUUGAACUGAUGCAUCAGAAUGGAGACUACACCCACUUCUACUUCUGUUACCGCUGGUUCCUGCUGGAUUUUAAGAGAGAGCUGCCGUAUGAGGAUGUGUUUGCUGUGUGGGAGGUGAUCUGGGCAGCCCGGCACAUCUCCUCGGAGCACUUUGUCCUGUUCAUCGCCCUGGCCCUGGUGGAGGCCUACCGAGAGAUCAUCCGUGACAACAACAUGGACUUCACUGACAUCAUCAAGUUCUUCAACGAGCGGGCUGAGCAUCACGACGCCCAGGAGAUCCUGCGGAUCGCCCGGGACCUCGUCCACAAGGUGCAGAUGCUCAUAGAGAACAAGUGAGGGCUGUGGCCAGGGGGCAGCAGCCCGCCAGAGCCUGGGCUCCGGGCCCCUUUGGUCCCACAGAGGGAGGUGCAGGGGCGGCACAGCCAAGACUGCCCCAGCCCCCAGCCGACCCACCUGCCCAACUGUAUUCCUAACAAAGUGCUUGUGAGCCUGGGAUCGGACUCUGGGCAGUGCUGGCCCUUCAGGGCGAGUCAGGGGCCAGGAUGCCCUCAGGUCAGGACCGGGAAGGGAGGGGUCAGCCUCAGGGAAUGGCUGCCUUGGGGGACACUUACCCUGCUCCCCUCUCAAACACCUGGGGAUAGUCCCACUGCCACUGGCAGCCCCAGCCUGGACAGCUCCCCGUGGCCUCUCCUGGGGCCCUGUGGAGUUAGGAGGGCUGUAGUUGCCUGGACCCUACCUGGGUGGGUCAAGGGGACUCUGUGCUGUAUCUCUUCUGAGCGUCCCCCUGCAGGCCCAGUGCAUGUGCACGCACCAGCCCCAGUUAGAGCAGCCAGAACGGCUGCCAGUUUGGGUGUGUGCCCUGGGUGCAGGAGACCUGGGCUGCAUUCCAGGCCCUCCCCUGAGACUGCGGGACAGCCCAACAACAUGGGCCCUGGGUGGGAGCAACCCACCUCAGCAGCACUGCCACUGCCUUUGGCCACCCGAGGUGACCCCAUGCACCCCCCCCUCAGCCUAUACAGUGCACCCAUGUGUAUCUGUACAGUCUCACUCUUACCACCCUGCUCUUGCUUUAUGCAUUAGAUGCAUCCCCCAAAACUGUGUAUCAGUGAUGCUUUUGCCAGCAGAAUGACCCGGAAUGUGGCAGAAGCACUUGCUCUCCAGGCUGAUUCUUUAGGGAGGCAAUCCUGUCAUGGUCUCCUCUCAGGGACGGGCUCCAGAGCUUGGGGCAGCCCAUUGCCUAUCCCAGGCAUCUGCUGAGUCCCUGAGGUGGAGGGGAGGGUGCUUGGAUCUCCCCAGCUUGUCCUUGGUGAGAAGCAAGGCUAGCUCUUCCUUCCACGUGCUUCUCAGGAUGCCGAGGACGCUAGGGACCCACAAACCCCCUUAGAGGAGCCUCACUCAUGGAGGUGCUAGGAAGGGCCCAGCUCCUGAGCCCAGGCCUAGUCACACUGCUUGCUCUGUCAUCCCCACUUCCCAUCCCAUCAAUACAUGCAGGACAGGCCUUGUUCUUGGGCCAGGAGGCCACUCUGCCACAGGGGUUGGGCCUGUCCAGCUAUCACUAAGGUCUGGAGACUUCCUGCAUUUGAGAAACAUGAGAAAGGGCCCAGCCACCCCUCUGCAUCCAGCACAGUCUCCCCAGCCCAGCCCUGCCCCGGGCACUGCACCACCUGUUUGGAGGCCAGCCUGCCCCAUUGCCCACCCACCAGGUGAGUCCUUGGCCUCCACCAAGCACAGUGGCCGUUGCGUGCCUGCCUUAGUGACUCAGUGGUUUUUUGAGGAGCAGAGUGUGUAUGUUUUUUGGCUCAGAAACUAUACUCUUCAAUGUAACAGACCAAUAAACACAGCAUUUGGCAAUGCUUGAA